AUGUUGGAGAAGGAUGCUCGAAUUGCCACAUUGAGUGAUUCAAAACUUUUGAUGGAGCAAAAUACAACAAGUUGCCAGAUGGAAAUGAGUAAAAAGAAAGAGGAACUACAGUGGGUCAUAAAGGAAGGUAUCCCUAUCUUUGUUCGGGCUUUGUUGGAUUCAAGUGAUUUUGGUGUUGUGAAUGUCGCCCUGCAGACAUCUGCUAUCCAGCUUGGGCUCCAUCAAGCCUGUGUGGACUUGAAAGUGAAGUACCCUGAAGAGCUAAAAGGUAAGAAUGUCUUGUAUUCGUACCCAGACGCACAACGUCAAAUUAUUGAGCGUUUUGCUGAUAUGACAACAUACAAGUAUUCACUAGUAUCUGCUUUGGGGAACGAAGAAAUGGAUGUUGGUGGUUUGAAGAAAUUGUUGAAGGUUGUGGAUUCAUCUGGAGCAGAUGAAGAUGGGUCGAGCUAG